GGCCUAGCUGGGCCCGAGGCGCGGCCAUGGCCGGCAGCAGGCUGGAGAAAUGGGGGACCGUGUUCACUCGGACACGGGACCUGAUGCGCUCUGGAGUGAUGCCCGAAUCCAAGAAACCAGUCUGGUAUGACGUUUAUGUUGCUUUCCCCCCACUGAGGGAGCCUGUCUAUCGGGAGCUUCGUCCACUGUAUGGCAAAGUGCGGGUCACUGUCCCCACCAUCCUGUACAAGGAAGAUGAGAUCCGAGCGAAAUUUUAUGAAGCUUAUGGAAAUGGUCCAAAGGCCUUUGAACUGUCCAAAUUAAACUUUAAAUCCACCUGUCAAAGGUUUGUUGAGAAAUACGCUGAACUGCAGAAGCUGGGAGAGGUGGAUGAAGACAGACUGUUUGAAGAAACGGGGAAAGCGCUCUUGGCAGAGGGAAUUAUUUUGCGAAAGAAAACAAUGGGCAGUGUAACCCAGCAGGUUCCUCAGGAAGCCAAGUCCAAGGAUGCUGAGUUGGCAGUGAGACUCCAAAGCGUGCUUCAGGAGAUGCAGGAUGACACACAAGCCCAGAAGGCAAAGCCUGUGGAAGUGCAAAAGGAAGACCCUGGACCAUCCUGA